GCCUGUCUGCACCGGCAGCACCAUGUCGCUCAUGGUCGUCAGCGUGGCGUGUGUUGGGUUCUUCUUGGUCCAGAGGGCCUGUCCACACACGGGUGGUCAGGACAAGACCUUCCUGUUUGCCCGGCCCAACGCUGUGGUGCCUCAGGGAGGACACGUGACCCUUCGGUGUUACUAUCGUGAUGGACUUACCAACUUUACCAACUUCACUCUGUACAAAGACGACAGAAGCCACGUUCCCAUCUUCCACAGCAGAAUAUUCCAGGAGAGCUUCCUCAUGGGUCCUGUGACCCCAGCACACGCAGGGACCUACAGAUGUCGGGGUUCAUACCCGCACUCCCCCACUGAGUGGUCGGCACUCAGCGACCCCCUGGCGAUCAUGGUCACAGGAGUCCACAGAAAACCUUCCCUCCUGGCCCUCCCAGGUCCCCUGGUGAAAUUAGGAGAGACGGUCACCCUACGAUGUUCGUCAGAUACCGUGUUUGAGCACUUCUUUCUACACAGUGAGGUGACCUAUGAGAAGCCCUUGCACCUUGUUGGAGAGCUCCAUGGUGGGGGUUCCCAGGCCAACUAUUCCAUCAAUCCCACGACGUCUGACCUUGCAGGGACCUACAAAUGCUACGGUUCUGUCACUCACUCCCCCUAUGUGUUGUCAGCUCCCAGUGACCCCCUGGACAUCGUGAUCACAGGUAAAUAUGAGAAACCUUCUCUCUCAGCCCAGCCGGGCCCCACGGUUCAAGCAGGAGAGAACGUGACCUUGUCCUGCAGCUCCUGGCGCUCCUUUGACAUGUACCAUCUAUCCAGGGAGGGGGAGACGCAUGAACUUAGGCUUCCUGCAGUGCCAAGCGUCAAUGGAACAUUCCAGGCCGACUUCCCUCUGGGCCCUGCCACCCACGGAGGAACCUACAGAUGCUUCGGUUCUUUCCGUACCACACCCUACAAGUGGUCACACCCGAGUGACCCACUGCCCGUUUCUGUCACAGGAAACCCGUCAAGUAGUUGGCCUUCACCCACUGAACCAAGCUGCAAAACCAGUAUCAUCAAACACCUGCCUAUUGUGAUUAGGUACUCGGUGGCCACCAUCAUCUUCACCAUCCUCCUCUUCUUUCUCCUUCGUCGCUGGUGCUCCGACAAAAAGAAUGCUGCUGUAAUGGACCAAGAGCCUGCGGGGGACAGAACAGUGAACAGGGAGAUAGACUCUGAUGAACAAGACCCUCAGGAGGUGACAUACGCACAGUUGGAUCACUGCGUUUUCACACGGGGAAAAAUCACUCGCCCUUCUCAGAGGCCCAAGAGACCCCCAACAGAUACCAGCGUGUACAUGGAGCAUCCAGAUGCUGAGCCCAGAUCGUUGUCUCCAGCCCAGGAGCACCACAGACGCCUGGAGGGGUCUUCUAGGGAGACCACAGCCCUGUCUCAAAACCGGCUUCACAGCUCCAAUGUACCAGCCGCAGGAAUCUGA